GAAACUUGUGAGAAGCAACUCUGGGCGAGUGAUUGCGUAGCACCACCCUCGAGCUGUGAAGAAAUCCUGCAACACGUGGAGAGUAAUGGCAUAUGCUUAUGUCUGGCAGGAGCUUAUCCGGACACACUGUAACCCUUCAACGUUUAUUUCUCUCAUCUUCCCUAAAUGCAGGAACGACGCCUAUCUUUCUAACACGGCACAUCUCUGCUCCGCAGCCCUAUUUAUACCCAAUUCUCUGUAAACCCUGAGCACGAAAGAGAACCUUAAAAAAUACCGAUCACACUGAACAUCUGUAACAGCAAAAUAAUCAAGCAAUAUGAAUUCUGAGCAGCAGCAAGAGCAGAGGCAGGGCCUUGGUUCUGAGCAGCAACAAGAGCAGAGGCAGGGCCUUAAGGGACAAACUGGUUCUGAGCAGCAACAAGAGCUGAGGCCGGGGCUUGAGGGGCACACUGGCCCUAUAACCAUAGGAGAGGCGUUGGUAGUAGUGGGGAAGGUGAAUUCAGAGAAACAGAUUGACCCGGCGACUGUCAGUGCCCUGAGAAGCUUGGAGGGCAGAGCUACUGGUGUACGCGAGGGUUUGCUCGGCGGCCCGGCCUCCCAAGCACAGCAUGUUCUGGAACACAGAAUCGCUGGCAUCCCUGAUAGCCAUACCCUGGGACAAAUCUUAAGCCGAGCAAAGGACAUACCGGAGCUAAAUAAACCAGUGAACAUGAGGGAUGCGCAUAAGGUGUCGGAGGCGGAAAUGCGAAAUGAGGCAACAGGACGCAUGGAGAUUAACGGCAUUGCCGCCACUAUACAGCGAGCCGCUGAGUGGAACGCCGAGCAGGGCCACAUCAAUCCUAAUGUCAACUAGUUGUUUUUGCCCCGCCUCACAAAGUUCUGGCGGAGCGAUUGGGCGGCACUAGUAGAGCCCCUGUAGAUACUGUGUUUAGUCUCCAAUGGAAACAAUCAUGUGCUUUUUACUUAAUAAAACAUUUGGAGAAUUGUAUAUGUAAAA